AUGGCCACCAAGGCGAUGGAGAGAGGAUUCAAGCUGAUUCUGGGUUCUCAAUCCAUGGCGAGAAAGCGGAUUCUGACUGAAAUGGGAUAUAAUUUCACUGUCGUGACUGCAGACAUUGAUGAGAAAGCUAUUAGGACAGAGAAGCCUGAAGAUUUGGUUGUGGCUAUUGCUGAAGCCAAAGCAGAUGAGGUUAUAUCGAAAUUGGGAGGUCAGAGCCAGUUUGAGCAGGAUCCUGAACCAACUAUAUUGAUUACUGCAGACACUGUUGUUGUGUACAAAGGUGCUAUUAGAGAAAAACCGAUCAGUAAAGAAGAAGCUCGAGAAUUUAUCAAAGGCUAUUCCGGGUCACACGGAGGCGUUGUGGGAUCUGUUAUUGUAAGCAACUUGAAAACUGGAGUUAGAAGAGGAGGAUGGGACAAAGCAGAGGUUUAUUUCCAUGAGAUUCCAGAAAAAGUCAUCGACGAUCUUAUUGAUGAUGCAAUAACUUUCAAGGUCGCUGGUGGUCUAACACUGGAGCAUCCCCUCAUUUCACCCUUUAUCGAUACAGUGGUGGGGGGAGUUGAUACAGUCAUGGGACUUCCUAAAGAACUCACAGAAAAAUUCAUCAACGAUGUGUUGUAG